GAGCGAAGGCGUUUCGAUCUGUUCGGAAGAGAAGUUCUCUAACAGCGCGAGCCUCAGCAGUGCUCAGUAAAGACAGAUAGAGAGUCAGGCGGCUGCAAGGGGUGGCAGUACGACCCUCUUUUGGGGGGGUCUGAUUAUAACAAAAAUAUAUACACACAUAUAUGCAUGCCCGGGCCGCUAGCUAGCUCAUAUGACGAUAAUAGGUCUUUUUAGUAAGCAUAUAGCUUAAUAUCUAUACAUUUAAAAUGCCUAUUUUACUUUUCCUGAUAGACACGUCCGCCUCUAUGAAUCAGCGCACUUAUUUGGGUACGACGUAUCUGGACAUUGCUAAAGGCGCGGUUGAGAUCUUUAUGAAGCUGCGUGCCCGAGACCCGGCUAGUAGAGGCGACAGGUACAUGCUAGUUACAUUUGAUGAUCCACCAUACGGAGUUAAGGCGGGAUGGAGAGAGAACCAUGCCACGUUCAUGAGCGAGCUGAAGAAUCUGCAGGCGUCUGGGCUCACGACCAUGGGUCAGGCCCUGCGCUCUGCCUUCGACCUGCUCAACCUCAACAGACUGGCAUCUGGCAUCGACAACUAUGGCCAGGGCCGUAAUCCUUUCUUCCUGGAGCCCGCGGUGAUCAUCACAAUCACAGAUGGGAACAAACUGACGCACAGCUCAGGUGUAUCUGACGAGCUGCACCUCCCUCUGAACUCCCCGCUGCCAGGCAGUGAGCUGACCAAGGAGCCGUUCCGCUGGGACCAGCGCCUCUUCGCUCUGGUGCUCCGUCUGCCCGGUGCCGCCAUGCCGGAGAACGAGCAGCUGGGCAGCGUCCCCACCGACGAGUCGGCCAUUACGCAGAUGUGUGAAGUUACUGGAGGCCGUUCGUACUGUGUUCGCACUCAGAGAAUGCUCAACCAGUGUCUGGAGUCUCUGGUGCAGAAGGUUCUGAGCGGUGUGGUGAUUAAUUUUGAGAAGACGGGGCCGGACCCCCCUGUGCUGGGAGAAGAUGGGCAGGUUGAUCCGACCCGGUCCGUGUCGUCCUUCAGUCCACAGCCCUGGCACAGCUGCCACAAGCUCAUCUAUGUGCGUCCCAAUCCCAAGACGGGGGUGCCCGUGGGCCACUGGCCCAUCCCCGAGUCCUUCUGGCCCGACCAGAACUCGCCCACUCUGCCGCCGCGCUCUGCCCACCCGGUGGUGCGCUUCUCCUGCGUGGACUGUGAGCCCAUGGUGAUAGACAAGCUGCCCUUCGACAAGUACGAGCUGGAGCCCUCGCCCCUCACGCAGUACAUCCUGGAGAGGAAGUCACCGCACAUGUGCUGGCAGGUGUUUGUGAACUGCAGUGGGAAGCACAGCGAGCUGGCUCACCCGUUUGGUUACCUGAAAGCGAGCACCACGCUCACCUGUGUCAACCUCUUCGUCAUGCCUUACAACUACCCUGUCCUGUUGCCUCUGCUUGACGACCUGUUUAAAGUGCACAAGCUGAAGCCAAACCUAAAAUGGCGACAGGCCUUUGAGAUCUACCUGAAGUCCAUGCCACCAUAUUUCCUACUGCCCUUGAAGAAGGCACUGAGGAUGAUGGGAGCUCCAAAUCUAAUCUCCGACAACAUGGACUGCGGCCUGAGCUACAGCGUCAUCUCCUACCUGAAGAAGCUCAGCCAGCAGGCCAAAAUCGAGUCAGACCGUCUGAUUGCGUCAGUGGGCAAGAAGCCCCCUCAGGAAACGGGCAUCAAGGUGAAGAACCACUCCAACGCCCUGUCGCUGGCGCACCGCCGGGACUUCAAGCAGCUGCUCCAGGGGAUCACCGGGGAGAUGCCGCUGCGGCUCGCCGACAUCAACUUCAAAGAGUUUGCUGGCUUCCAGAUCGCACUGCUCAACAAGGAUCUGAAGCCCCAGGCCUAUCGGAAUGCCUAUGACAUUCCAAGACGGAACCUUCUGGAUCAGGUGACCCGCAUGCGCUCCAACCUUCUGAGGACAACCCAGAAGCUCAUUAGGGGACAGGACGAAGACUACCUGCACAGCAUCCCCGUCGGCCAGAUGGGCAACUAUCAGGAGUACCUGAAGAUGAUGCCCUCGCCGCUGCGGGAGAUCGACCCUGACCAGCCCAAGCGCCUGCACACGUUUGGGAACCCCUUCAAGCAGGAUAAGAAGGGGAUGAUGAUCGACGAGGCCGACGAGUUUGUGACGGGCCCCCAAAACAAGAAGCGGGGCAACUCGGGGGACCCCAACUCGGGCGCGGCGCCCAAGAGGCGGAGGAGCAUGUCGCCACUGCUGCGGCGGCCGCAGACCCCGCCCAUCAUCACCAACCACGUGGUGACCAAAGGAGCACCGGGAGCUCAGGGCCAGCAGCAGGGCCUCAUCAAGCCAAUCCCACUGCUCAGAGGAGUGGAGGGGAACAGUGUCCUAGGAACGGAGAGCAAUGGAGACCGAGGACCAGGUACAGAGGCCAAUGACGGCUGGCCUGGAGGGGUGGACAGCAGUCCUGCAGGCAUCUCAUUGGAUGAGAGGGGAGGGGGUGGCCUGAGUGACAGCGGCGAGGACCGGUCCGGAAUGGACGAGUGUCUCAGCGAGGACGGGCUGGACGAGAGGCCGUUGGACCGCCAGCAGAACUGCGAGGGCCUGAGUCCUCCCAGCCAGGAGGGGGUGACCGACGGGAACGGAGGGGAGAGCACCCCGGGGACGGUCAUCAUGAUCCCGCUGGAGGGUAGCAACGCCGAGCUGCGCUCACGGGUCAUCAAGGAAGUCCGCAAGCCUGGUCGCAACUAUGAGACUAUCUUCAGGCUACUGGAGGAGGUGAAAGGGCCGGUGUCUGUGCAGAGGUACUUCAUCCACCAUGCCAUCAAAGAGGCUGCCAGGUUUAAGAAGCGGGUGCUGAUCCAGCAGCUGGAGACGGCUCUGGAGGAGAUGGAGGAGAAGCAGAUGCUGCCGCAGAGGGUCAACAACAUCCACGGCAGAUAGUGUCACCGCCUGUCCUCGCUGACUGCAGACAAAGAGAAAGAAGAGAUGGAGAGAUAUACACACACAAACACGCACGCAAGACAGAAGGCACGGGAAGAGAGAGAGAGAAGGGGCCACACCGACACACACACACACACAUACAUACAUACACACACCAACUGACCCUGAUGAGGAGAAAAGACUGACCAAUCAGCAGCUCCCUCAGGGCACAGCUGAGCCCAAGGAAAGGGAGACAUGGGAUAUGGGAGACACAGAGGCGGAUGUCAAGAUCCAGAUUUUUUUUUUUUAAGACAAAGGUCAUGCUAGUUUGAGUGUUCUUUUUUUUGGAAAGGGGGGGAGGGGUGUUCUGAAAGUCAUGAGACAUUAAAUCAAGACUCACAGCUACUGUAGUCUGUUUCUGAACCAGCUGACCACACCGACACCGCAUCUACAGAUCCACAAAACACACUCCAGAUAGUCAGCGUGAUGCACAGUGUCCUCGGAGCUUCUAAGAAGCCACGGCUCGGGGCUGGAGGUUUUUGUUACAUGAAGCCUAACCUUCAUGCAGGUGAAAGAUUGGAAAUGUCACAAUGUCAGAUGUAGUGUAGUAUGAUUCCUGUUGUUUUUAAACGAGCCACAGGUUUAUAGACCAAGGGGUAACCAUUGGCCACCCAACAGCUGAUGUGUUCUACACCACUACACAGCAAUAAUCAGAAUGGCAUCAUUCGCUGAGGGAGCUCAACUUAACUUCCUGAAUUGACACCACUUGAAAUUCAGUGUGGCUGCAAGCUUACAAGGUAGGGAGAGCAACUAGCUGGUUCAAUUAACAAUCUGAGGCCCACAUGAAAAGUCUACCUCAGUCUGAUAUGUGGAGUUCACUUUUCUGUGCUCUGGGAUAGGGUGUGAUUGACAGAUAGAUCCUGCAAGUACAAAUGUCUAUUGAUGAAAGUGGAGGACCUUAAUGUGGCCGUUGCUUGUCGACAACCUCCUCACAUGCAAACAGUCCUUUAAGCAAUAGUCUCUGAAGAACACUGGCUCUACAAUGAGGUUCAGCACUUAAAACAGGCUGGUAGAUGUCCAUUAGGACUUGGAGAGAGGGGGGAGGGGGGGCACGUGUUUGGUUAAGGCCUGGCCCACGUUGUGUUCGGGUCCACAGAACUUUCAUUGUCCUGCCUCAGAAAGUGUGUGGUGGUCCAAAAUCUCUGCAGCCCCCAUCAUACGUCACCUGUUCCUUGUGGGGCAGCUGCAAAGGCCUUCAUUUGGCAGUUCAUAGUAACUUGUUGGAGGCCAUCAUAAACUCCCAGUUGUUGUUCCUUGAGUUUGUUUUUUUGAAUAGCAGAUGUAUACUACUUUUAAAUGUUCAUAAAUAAAAUAUAGAUUAUU